AGGAGAUUGUCAGAGCGUGUGCACAGUGUCCUGCGCGCUCACGACACGAUGCGCACAGACUGCCGGUGAGAGAGGAGAGAGAGAGCUGGUAUUAGUGUUGACAGAGAGCAGCUGAGAGCACAUACAGUGUAGACGAGCGGAUGCGACAAGAUGCAGAGCGUCGCCUUGCUGUGCUUGUGCGCGGUUGCUUUCGGACGCGUCUUGGCUCGCUCCGACAGUGGCAAUUUUUUGGACGAUAAGUGGCUCACCGGCAGAUGGGAUAAAUUCAGAGAUGAGCCUGGAGCCUGGAAUCCAUCCAAGCCGUUCGAUCAAGGCCUUGAUCCCGCCAAAGACCCCUGUUUGAAGAUCAAAUGUGGCCGCCACAAGGUGUGUGUGGCUGAGGACUACAAAACAGCCACUUGUGUCAGCCAAAGGAGGGUUAGCUUUAAAGAUGCCAGUCUGUACCAGAGUCCGGGGUCAAAGUGCAAAUCCUGCCCUGUGGUCCACCCUUCCCCUGUUUGUGGAACUGAUGGACACACAUACUCUACCAAGUGCAAGUUAGAAUACCAGGCAUGCAUCAGUGGGAAGAAGAUUGCUGUCAAGUGUGCAAGCGUGUGUCCUUGCCCCUCUCAUGCUAAAGAGAGCUCCACAGAGAGGAAAGUGUGCAGCGAGCCAGAACUCAAGGAGGUAGUGGGUCGUCUGAGAGACUGGUUCCGAGUGCUACAUGACAAUGGCAACCACAAAAGAGACAAGAUCCAGAAGAACAAGUUUGAGGUCGGGGCAUCGAUUGUAUGCAAAGACCCUCUGGGAUGGAUGUUUUCCCGCCUGGACACAAACUUUGACCUCCAGCUGGACAAGUCAGAGAUCAAGAGCCUCUACUUGGACAGGAACGAGCCUUGCUCCGACGCAUUCUUCAAGUCGUGUGAUACGCACAAAGACAAAGUGAUCAGCAGCUCGGAAUGGUGCAGCUGUUUCCAGAGGUACACAGACUCCCCUUGUAAAGCUGAGCUGUCCUCCAUCAAUAAGAAGCAAGUGGGAAAGAAGCUGCUUGGCCAGUAUCUGCCGUCCUGCGAUGAGGACGGCUACUAUCGCUCGCACCAGUGCCACAGCAGCAGCGGCCAAUGCUGGUGUGUGGAUCGCUAUGGCAACGAGCUGGCUGGCUCACGCACCCAUGGCCCUGCGGACUGCGGCGUGGUUCUCGAGUCUUCAGGAGAUCUCGGCAGCGGGGACUCAAUGAUCGCAGAGGACGAUGAAGAUUCGUUCGUCCUCAGUGACCAGGCUGGAAUGGAUGAUGAGGAUGACGAGGAUGACGACGACGACGAAUAUCUGUCGUAAUUUGUUUUGGAUUUGUGUUGUUUUUUUUUAAAAGAAACUGUUUGUUUGGUCAAACUGCACCUUUGUAGGUGACUCCCCAGGCAGAUACUUGAUACUAACAGCCUACGGACUAAUCCCUGUGUAUUCUUACAAAAAUAUCCAUAUGUUACAAGCAAAUUAUUUUUCUUUCAUUCUCUCCUCCUGACUAUAAAGUAAUGACAUUUGCUCCCUUGGCCAAACAAUGCCAACCAAUGCAGUGCUUCGGAUGUGGUCACAUGUGCAAAGACCUUCCCCUGUUUUGGACACUCAUGUCCUCCAGUGUGUCCUGUCUUUGUGCACCACUCGGUGUGUCGAUGCCUGAGGCGUGCUAUUUAAGAGUACCCCCCCUCCGCCACCUCCCCCUUUCUUUACCCUCAUCUAAUGUUCCAGUGAAUAGGUGGGAUGUCCAUGAUGUAGAUAAGAUAAUAUUGCACUCUUUAGGGUUUCUUUUCAUCUCCAUUUGGAACCGAAAAACAAGAUAAGGGUCGGACAUGCUUUGUUUGGAGAUGAAACACACACACAAAAAAAAAAAAAAAAUUCUGAAAAGGCUCCGCUACGAGGAAAGGCCGAUUUAGUGCUUUGGAGGGAGUGAAAAUUCUCUAGUGUAUUUUUCUAAUCCAUUGUUGGAUGAUUACAAAGGAUUUGUUGUUGUAGCAUGUCAAAAUGCUGCGUGACGUAUAUAAAACUGUGUACAGAUGAAACGCAGCUAGCAACACAUCAAAAAUAUCACAAAAAAAAAAAAGAAGAAGAAACGAACAUGCUGUACAGUAGAUGUUAGGCAUUUUAUGGUUUUGUUCGGAGUCUUGUGAGGGUGGAGUGCAAAGAGAUGAGGUGUUGCACAGAGCCAUGCAGGCUCAUCAGGAAGAUGAAGGUGUGCCUUUUUCUAGUGAGGACGCAUGAUGAUGAUGAUGAUGAUGACGCUUACUGGAGUGAAACCGACUAGAGGCCGUUUUAAAUGUUAUUGAAAUUUGGCCGCUCCUUUACACAAUGGUGUUUUUAUGAGUAAAAUGAUUAUUAUAUAUUAUUAUUAGAGGUGCAUCUUCAUAAAUAUGAAUAUCCUGCAAAAGUACAUUUAUUUUGGGAGUUCAAUCAGAGUAAGACCAGUGAAAAGCUCAGGAAGCUUUUACAGGUCAUGUGCUGAUUAUGGAUAUAUUAUAUUAUGGAACGUUUCGCAAUAGAGUCAAACCUCGGGUUUUGUGUGUUUCAUCAAAAAUGUUCGUUUUCGGAGAAAUUGCAUGUUGCAAAUGAAUCCGCCUGCCCUGUACUGCAUCAUUCAGUGAAAUCGAGCGGCCAAAAAAAGCACCCUACGUAUUUCUGACUCACUGCCUGUGCAUUUUUUUUAUUGAGUGCAACUGCUAAAUAACUCACCAUGGGGCCAAAAAAAAACAGUUGUGAGUUCCAGCAAUUUGAUACAGAUGGUGAGAAACAUUGACUUUGAUCUCGCCAGGAUGUACGAGAAGUCCGCAUCAACGAUAAAUCAUCCAUUCGUCAUUUACUUAUUUUAUAGUUGUAGUUUUCUGUAUGUAAAACUAAUUAUUCCAUAUAAUUUUUUUGGUUUUUGUUCUUCAUGGUUUCUGGAAUGGGUAUGUUUCAGUUUUCGUGAACCUUUUGGAACAAAUUUAAUGAAACCCGAGGUAUCAUUGUAGAACUAUUUUAUGAAAUGAUCCAUUUGGGUUUUACAUUUGUAAGAUAUAGUCGUUAAAAAAUAUUAAGAAAUAAACACAUGACUUAUAUUAAAAUGGAAUCAUACGUUUCACUUUCUGAAUGGGCCUUUUACAUGGUAGUCUCAUUUAUGGAGAUGCACCUUUAUGAUUUACUGUAACCAGCUGAGACACAUUUCUCCCACAACACCGAUACGCAAUAGAAUAUUCAAAAUGGCAAAAAAAAAAUCCCAAAAACAACCCUCGCUUACUUGCUAUUGUCGCAUAAACGAGCUCUUAGGCAGAUUUGAUCUCAAGAAUGACUGUUGAGCUUUUUUGUCCUACAGCAGAGGUUUUCUUGUAGGAUGACAUCUUAAGGCACACAAGCUAUUUAGCGGCUUAGAUUGAACAUGUUUUUUACUACAGUAGUAGCCAACACCGAGUAAGAGGAAAUGACAAAAAAAAAAAAACAAGCGUUUGUUAAGAUAGCUUUAUAUGGAAACAAGACAAACGACUUUUUAGUGUUACUUAAGAGUUUAAUUCCCAUGCCUGAUUUGCAUAUGUGCUAAUCAGCUGAAGCAGCCAAGCUGGUCACUCACUCACUCACUCCAGAAACAAAAAAAAAAACGAUUUUGCUUUUUCACAUAACUGAAGUUAGCAGAUUUGGAAGAAAAAAAUGUUUUCUUUAUUUUGCUCAAGGUGCUGCGUCUGCCUCAAGUUUUCUGGGCUCACACACUUUUAGAAACCCCUGAGCUAAUAUAGUGCGUAAACCAUUCCGAGAUUUGUGUGUUGAUGGUAUUAUUCAGAUCUGGGGUCAGUUCAGUACUCGGAUGUUCAUUUUCAAAGUUGUAGCGUGGGGGAAGGGAAAGGCAGUGGUCACUCCGGGGUGCAAAAUAUCAAAAGUAGUCAUAAUUGUACUUGUUUUCCUUCUCUUCCGCACUACUGAACUACAGUGGCCCAAAAGGGUAAAAAAAAAAAAAAGACUCAAUCCUGGACUGGGGUUGUGCAAAUACAGUAAUCCCUCCUUUAUUGCGGUUAUUCGGUUCCGGUUCCAGUUCCAACUGUGACAAGUGAAUUUCCGUGCAACUAACAAUUAUUUGCCUAAUCAAUUAAUGUGAAAUUAGUUUUGAUGAAUCAAAUAAUCGGUUAGGCCCUCGAUAGACCCAAAUCAAUUUGAACCAAACACAAACAGUGGUUUGGUCCGCAACAUGUCAGAAAAGUGGCAAAAAUGUUGAUUAUCUUGUUUCGCCUAGAUAACAGGUCUGCUUUCAUGGAUGAAAAUAUUCACAUUUCAGAGGCUGAAAUCAGGAUAUUUACAUUUGUAAAUCAAAAAAUGAUCAAUCAGAUACCAAAAUAGUUGUCAAUAAAUUGGACAAUCGAUGAAUCAUUGAUUCAUUGGUUAAUUGUUGCAGCUCUACCACGAAGUAGGAUUCCUUAUUUCUUACAACCUUCUAAAUACAGUUUGUAGCCUUAUUAGAGCCCUCUGGACAUAAAGUAACACCCCUAUAGUCAACUUUACACUCAUAUUACCCAAUAUAGUAGAUAUAAUCAGAGAAAAUGAGAUCACAAGUUAAUGUUGGGAGACUUCCUUGUCCUGGGUUGGAAAAAAACAUGAUAGAGUGAAGCCACGAAAUUUGAAGUGGCAAGGGAUUACUGUAUUUGACUGACACGUGCACUGCCGACCCACACUACGCCACUGUUCCCCAUUAAUAUUAUUGUAUUCCAACAAGGAAUACUUUGCAUUCAUAGCCGCAAAGAGAUUUGUUGUAUGUGAGUAAUUUGGAUCACAUUCAAAUUGUGCGUGUGUGUGUGUGUGUGUGUGUGUGUAAGAUUUCAACAUGAGUCAAAAGUGGUAUCUCCUUCAAUUUACAUGAAUUUCGUGCCAUGUAGCCUAAAGCCGUGAUCUCAACUGGUUGGUCACAACGCAUUCAUUUUCAGUGGGUGGCCGGGCCUUGCCCGGGCAAAAAUAAUAGUGUAAUGACCCGAUGCUCGUGAAUGCACCUCGCUUUCUUGUCUGUGCUAUUAGCUUGCUGUGCCGCCACGAGGCGUGUGCCUCGGCAGCCGUAGCUAACCGUAUUUGAUAAGUUCCAGUAGAACAUUUUCCCCAAUUUGUCAUUGAAGGGUGAUGGUGGGGUUCCGGAGCCAAACCAGUUGAGAACCACUCGACUAAAGCAUGGCUCUAAUACUUACUGAUUUUGCUUUCUCAUCAAUCCUUUCUUUGUCAAUACUUCCAAUAAAGAAUAAACGAUCAAUUGAAAAGCGGUGACAUGCAAACUGAGACACUGUAGCCAUUCUCGACAUUUUCUUUUUCUUUUUUUUUUUUACAGCGCAUAAGAGUUGCUGAAAUAAAAGCUAUAUUGACCACUG